CAUGAAUUAAAGAGCUGCAAAAAAGUAUAGGAAAAUAUGUUAAAUUAUGUGGAACUCCCUGAUUGUAUCUAUCCUUGCCAAGCUGUGACCGUUAUUCAACCAAGUGCUCCAACGCCAAAGCAUUCUCUCUAUCUCUCUAAUCUCGAUGACCAAAAGUUCCUUAGGUUCUCCAUUAAGUAUUUGUACCUCUUCAAGAAAUCCGUGAGCUUAGAUAUCUUCAAGUCUUCUCUGUCCAGAGUUCUAGUGGAUUACUACCCCUUAGCGGGGAGGUUGAGGACCGCUUCCAUGGAUGAUCACAAGCUUGAGGUUGAUUGCAAUGGAGAAGGAGCUGUGUUUGUUGAAGCUUUCAUGGCCAUCACUUCUGACGAAUUACUUGAAUCUUCUAAGAUUCCAAACAAGUCCUGGAGGAAGUUCUUGUAUAAGGUGGAAGCUCAGAGUUUCUUAGAUGUUCCUCCUCUCAUAGUCCAGAUAACGAGUCUCCGUUGCGGGGGAAUGAUCCUGUGCACCGCGAUUAACCACUGCCUAUGCGAUGGCAUCGGCACGUCUCAGUUUUUACACGCUUGGGCACAACUGACCACCGCACCGAAAGCGGAUUUGACCAUCUUACCCUUCCAUUGUCGACACGUGCUGAAGCCAAGAGACCCACCGCAGGUAAAGUUUCGUCAUCCGGGAUACACCGGAACAGACCCAACCCCUCAAGUUGACCUCCUCAAGUUGGUACAGUCACAGCCGUUGGUGCCAACAUCGUUCACCUUCGGACCCUCCCAUGUCCUCAACUUGAAGAAGCAGUGCGUGCCGUCACUGAAGUGCACCACCUUCGAAGCGGUGGCGGUGCACACGUGGCGCUCCUGGAUUCGUUCACUGAACAUAUCGUUAUCCCCCACACUAGUUUUGAAGCUCCUUUUCUCAGUCAACGUUCGAACAAAAGUGAACCUACCAGAAGGUUAUUAUGGAAACGGGUUCAUACUAGGGUGCGCCGAGAGUACUGUAAAGGACUUAUUGGAGGGUAACCUGCACCAUGGUGUGAAGGUGGUGCAGGAAGCCAAGGCAAGGGUGAAUGACAAUGAGUGCGUAAGGUCAAUGGUUGAUUUGUUGGAGGACAAGAUGGUAAAAACAGAUCUUUCAACUAGCUUUGUCAUAUCUCAGUGGUCAAAAUUGGGGUUGGAAGAGGUUGAUUUUGGAGAGGGGAAACCUUUGCAUAUGGGUCCUUUAACAAGUGAUAUUUACUGCUUGUUUUUACCAGUAAUCGGUGAUGCUAAUGCUGUGAGAGUGCUUGUGUCCGUGCCUGAUACUAUGGUGGAUAAUUUUCAGCAUCUCAUGAAAGAAUGUGGAGAUGUUAAGAAUGGGUAUCAAAAUACAUUCUUAUGAAAUGCUCCGGUUUGCUUUUUAUUUUUUUUUUUAUAUUCUUUUUUUUCCAGCUUUUAUCCCCUCCCUCUUAGCUAGUCUUAAUAUUA